AUGGCAUUGGAGCGCUGCCUGUUCCUCCUUGCUUGCCUCGGUACCGCCCAGGAGGCCGUAGCGACUUUCAAUCCGCGACAAUAUUACAAGAACAAUGCCCUCUGCAAGGCAGUUCGACGCGGUCAUGUGGAAAAGGUUGUCGACAUUAACUUGAAAUAUGUGGAUAUCAACCCGAAUGCUUCUACAACCCUCCUCAUGGUUCAUGGAUGGCCGAGUUUGUGGAGUACUUGGUCGUACCAGAUAGAUGCGUUCAAGAAUGAUUACCAUCUCGUUGUCCCUGACUUGCGGGGUUUUGGGGAAUCGGACCACCCCGGAAAUCCCGACUCGUCGGGGACAAUGGCGGACCUGGUUGGCGACCUAGUCUGUCUCCUUGAGCAUGCAAAGAUCAACUCGGCGAUCUGUAUGGGACAUGAUUGGGGCUCUGCGGUCUGUUAUGAAGCUGCUCGCCGGCGCCCAGACAUCUUCCAAGGGGUUGUUGGGAUAGUCGUUCCGUACAUCCCAGCAGCCACUCAUUUCGUCCCUAUCAAAAAUCUCAUCUCUGCGUUUCCGACAUUCAAUUACCAACUUUUCUUCGACACUGUCCCGGACGUCGCCGCAGAGGAACUUGGCAAGGAUGUCGAGAGAAGCAUACGCGCCACUCUGAGAACGGUCGCAAGUCCUCCUCCUCAUGAUUUCCUCAAAUGUUCGGAGUCUUUCUUGAGAGCGUGGGACGGCAUUAGUAUACCUCCCGUGCCCUUCUUCUCUCACGACGAAGAAAAGUAUUUCAUCGAACAGUAUAAUAUCAGCGGUUUCAGAAACACUCUCCAAUUUUACGCACAUGCAAACCGAUAUCAAACAUGGAAAUUAGCGCAUACGCAAGGAAACCACACGAUCCAACAACCGGUACUCGCCGUGUAUCCGACAGAGGACCCUGUAGCCGAUUGGAUGCUUGCAGCGCAGAUGCUGAAAUCCGCCCAUUAUCUUCCGGACCUUACAACGAGUCUCCUUCCGGGAGCACAUUGGGUACACCUGGAGCACCCGGAGAAGCUCAACGAGGUUGUUCGGAAAUGGCUGGAAAGGACAGCACAACCCUACCGCAGCGGUUUCGUCAUCCAGCACCCGCAAAAGUAUUCAGACGAUCUGUAA